CUAGCAACCGUAGUUGUAGUAACUAGUGGACUAUAAAACCUGAUCGCCAUGCAUCCAUUGGGUUAUUUCAUGCUUGUUGGCGUGUUAUUAGCUGUCGAUUCUUAUCCGGUCGGUCACAGUACUUCCGGUAGUGCCGCGGGAAACAACGAUCGACGUGAUUCACGGGCGUUGCUUGUAGACGAUGAAAGUGCCGAGUUGGCCACAAAGCAAAGCUCAGCUGAAGAUGAUGUUGUUACGCAGGACUUUGGAAAGAAAGUUUCAGUUCGUCGGAAUGCCCAGUCGCAGACAGGUAGCAGCACAUUGUUGCUUUCGCAGCAGAAUUUCGACGAUUAUUCAUCGGAAGAUGACGUCCCUUUCUUCGAUUUGGAUGCCAUACAACCAGCGAUAAGCGAUUUCCAUUAUCGACCAGUGACUGGGAUGAUCAAACCAGCGAAAUCGAACGGCUGGUUCCACGUGAAGCAGCACAUCCACGAUUACUACUUUCGUGAAAUGGGACGUGAAAUGGGCAAAGAGCAUUCGUGGCAACCAGUGAAAGGCGAUACGGAUGGCUUGAAUUUCGGGUCUCCUGGAAGGUCGUAUGUGAAUAUUUGA